AUGUCGCUUCUCAGCGAGCUGCGGAAGGCGAAGUUGGAGCCCGACAUCAUCUCUUCUACAUUCUACAGUGCUGGGGUCAGCGCGUGCGAGAAGGGCGAGCAGUGGCAUCGGGCCCUGUCGCUGCUCAGCGAGAUGCGGGAGGCGAAGCCGAAGCCCAACGUCAUCUGCUACAACGCUGGAAUCAGCGCGUGCGAGAAAAGCGAUCAGUGGGAAUGGGCUCUAUCCCUGUUCAUUGAAAUGCGGGAAUCUAGGCUGGAGCCCGAUGUAAUCAGCUACGGCGCUGGAAUCAGCGCGUGCGAGAAAGGCGAUGAGUGGCAGCGGGCCCUUUCGCUGCUCAGCGAGAUGCGGGAAGUGAAGGUGGAGCGCAAUGUCAUUUGCUAUAACGCUGGAAUCAGCGCGUGUGAGAAAAGCAAGCAGUGGCAGCAGGCUCUUUCGCUUCUCAUCGAUAUGCGGGAAGCUAGGUUGGAGCCCGAUGUCAUCAGUUACAAUGCAGGGGCCAGCGCGUGCGAGAAAGGGAAGCAGUGGCAGCGGGCUCUGGCGCUGCUCAGCGAGAUGCGGGAUUUUGGGUUGGAGCCCAAUGUCAUCAGCUAUAGCGCUGGGAUCAGGGCCUGCGAGGUCAGUGAGUUGUGGACCAAGGCUCUUGACCUGCUCGAGUCGAUGCUGAGUGCCCGUGUGGACCCUGCUGCUGCCGAUAGCCCGGACUCAGGCCUGUACGUGCACAACGUCGAGGCAGGCGGCCCCAAGGACGUGUUCAAACACCUGGUUCUCGUGGCCCUGCUGCAGCAGAUGGCGGCGGAGGCAGACCCUUUUACCUUUAUUGACAUGCACGCUGCUUCUGGUGUCUACGACCUCAGCUCCGAGGAGCCGCUCCAGUUCCGGAUGGCUGAGAAGGGCGUGCUCCGGCUGUCGCUCGCAAGCGACCGCUGCGGCGAGGGUCUGGUUGCGGACUACCUGGCCGCGGUGUGGAGGUGCAACCAGGCCUUGGGCUCUUCCUCGCGCGCCCUGGCCUUCUACCCAGGGUCGCCUGCGCUGGCGUGGCAGUGGCUGAGGUCACAGGACACCGCCGUGCUCUUCGAGGCCGCCGCCGAGCCCUACGAGGCCCUGAGGCAGAGUUUUUCGUUGUUGGGCCGAGGGCCAGGUUGCCGCCUCGAGCUGCUGCACGACGACUCCUACCUGCGGGUCGCCUCUGGGCCCUGGCCCUGGCCCGGCGGGCGGCAGCUGGUGCUCCUGGACCCGCCGUACGAUUCCCUCCAGUCCCAGAACACGCGGAACGUGUUCGUCCUCCGGCGCCUGCUCCAGAGGUCGCCCUCCAGCUGCGUGGCCCUGUGGUACCCGCUGGUAGACGCGGAGAAGACGGCGGGCCUGCACCGCCGGGUCCAGAGCCUCGAGGUCGGCAGCGUGCUCGUGGCCGAGAUGUGGCUCGGGGGUUCGUGGCCGCGUGGCGAGGCCCUGCAGGGAUCGGGGGUGCUGGUCGUGAACCCGCCCCCUGCCGUCCACGCGCAGCUCCUCGCGGCGCUGCCGGGGCUCCAGGGGGCGCUGCGGGCCGCGGGCUCCCGGGUGCUGUGGCUGUGA